AUGAAUUGGGACAAGUUCAAGGAACUAUUUUACGAGAAGUAUUUUCCACUUUCUAAAAGAUGGGAGUUAAAAGACCGGUUUCUUGGCCUCAUCCAAGGCAAUAUGUCUGUGGCAGAGUAUGAGAACAAGUUCACUUCACUUUCUCGCUUUGCUCCGAAAAUGGUAAGAGAUAAAGUUGAUAAGACUCGAAAAUUUGUUUCCAGUCUUAAUGAUAGAAUGAGGCCGUUGAUAACGGCACAAUUUAUCAAAGUUUAUUCUGAAGCAGUAGAGAGAGCCUUGAUGCUUGAGGCUAAUAUUAAAGAUAAGGAUGCAAGAAGGGAGCAGUGGAAACAAAAGAGAGGUGCAGGGCCAUCUUCAGAAGGAUCUUCUUGGAAGAAGAACAAGGGUGUGGGGUCUGACAAGAGUGGAGUCGUAUGUUUCCAGUGUCAACAGCCAGGGCAUUACAAGUCCAGUUGUCCUAUGAGAUCGUCUUCUGUUUCAUCAGCUCCAAAGGCUUGCUAUGGGUGUGGCCAGCAGGGUCACUUGAUUCGAGAUUGUCCUAGUCAGGGAAUAGGCACUGGUAGUGGCAAAGGGUCAUGA